UUUUCUUUGUUGAACCUUGCAGCUGCGGGUGGUUGAGGGCAUAUAUCUCGCAGUGCAAAUUGCACUCGGCAACUUUCUGGUCGACGCGACGACCGUGACUCCCUUCGAAGAGAUGUAAAUAGGAGUGUCGCACAGAGCUGACAGUUUUCGAUUAGAAUGUUCCAAGAGUGAUGAAAAUUGUCGGAGUCAAAAUAGAAGUUUAAAUAAAACAGGGCAGAGCCGGGCUUUCUUGGCCAAUGAGAAAGGACAUCGAGGCGAUGCGGUAGGAGUCUUAAUUCCACGUGGUAGGGUCGUCUGUGAGCUGGUGGGAUCAUGUUGCGUCGGGAGGCCCGUCAGCGGCGAGAGUAUCUCUACCGCAAAGCCCAAGAGGAAAAACUCUGGGCUGUCCAGGAGAAGAAAGAAAAGAUCAAGAAAGUACUAGAUGAGAACUGCCUUAUCCCCACAGAAUUGCGGAAGGAGGCCCUUGUGCUCCAGAAGUCACUUGAGUUUGAUGAUGGGGGUGCUGAAGGGGUGACGAGCCAUGUAGACGAUGAGUACCGCUGGGCGGGGGUGGAGGAUCCUCGCAUCAUGAUCACCACCUCCCGCGACCCCAGCUCCCGGCUCAAGAUGUUUGCCAAGGAGCUCAAGCUAGUCUUCCCUGGGGCCCAGCGUAUGAACCGAGGCCGGCACGAGGUAGGGGCCCUUGUCCGUGCCUGCAAGGCCAAUGGAGUCACAGACCUGAUGGUGGUGCAUGAGCACAGAGGGGUGCCAGAUGGGCUCAUAGUCAGCCACUUGCCCUUUGGCCCCACGGCCUACUUCACGCUCUGCAACGUGGUCAUGCGCCAUGACAUCCCAGACAUCGGCACCAUGUCAGAGGCCCAUCCCCACCUCAUCUUUCACAACUUCACUUCUCGUCUUGGGCAGCGGGUCACCAGCAUCCUCAAAUACUUGUUUCCUGUGCCUAAAGAUGACAGCAAACGGGUCAUCACCUUUGCCAACCAAGAUGACUACAUCUCUUACCGGCACCAUGUUUAUAAGAAGACUGAUCACCGGAAUGUGGAGCUCUCAGAGGUUGGGCCAAGGUUUGAAAUGAAACUAUAUAUGAUCAAGUUGGGAACCUUGGAGCAGGAAAACACAGCAGAUGUGGAGUGGCGUUGGCACCCGUAUACUCACACAGCCAAGAAGCGCAAGUUCCUCAGCACUGAGUAGUAUGGACUCCAAAUGGCAUUUCUCUUGCCUGGGCCUAACUUUCUCACUGGAAGCUGCUAUGCAGUGUCUGUGUGUUGGACCCAAAAUGUGACUGGAUUCUUAGAGUUUGCCACAACACUAUGUUUUCAACCUCUCUUGGGACUGAAAAUCUCCAUGGCCAUACAACUGAAGGGGACCUCUCCAAUGCCAGGUUCUUCCCAUCCAUAUGGAGAAUUUCUUCACUGCGGUCUUGCUUCUUUGUCCAGUCAGAUACCUGUUGUGUGUCAAGACAGUGAACACACAGGUUGCUCUGCCUCCCCAUUUAGCAGUGGAAUUAUUGGUAUGCACACAUUGACAGACACUGCAACCAGCCGUGCACCAGCAAAGAAUGGCUACUGGGACAGUAUCGGUGGCAAAAAGAACAAAUUCUGCAGCACUCAAAAAUAGUGACUGAAAUCCAGACUAAAGUUGCACACACUGAAUAAAGUUUGCAUGCACAAUGGUGGAGGGCCUGUUUUUGCCAACCUCCCCCUGUCCUGCUUUCUUCUGUACCUUCUGGAAAUAUGUCCCUGAGGGUUUCAGGAUCCUGAGGUACAUAUUUUUGGGAGAGUCACAGGACUACAUUAGGAAGAGGGGAUUGGUCAAAAACCUCUCCCCUGUUGCAUAUGCAAAACGUGCACAACAAUAAUCUGUACGUCAGCCAGUGUGCUUAAAAUUAUGAGUAGGGAUGGAGGAAGCUUACUUGUUAUAGAUUUAGGAGGAGGUAGGAUUUAACAGGUGGUGUUCUCUCUUGCUCCUUGCCAUAUGGGAGGUUUGACUGGGUGCGGCAGUCAUAUGGAAACCAGAGGCACCUGCAUGUGGGAUAGCAAAAUGGAUUGCCAGGGUCCUCAAAUUCUUCCUUCUUUUAAUUUUUGCUUUGUUGCUGUCCGUCCUUUUAGUCACAGAGAAGGCUUUUCAUGACAAGUAUUCCAGAAUGAAGGCCAGGACAGGGAAUUCUGUUGGAAAGCAGGAUUGUAGAAGGAAAUCCCAGAGGGAGGUAGAGCAAGAAGGAAGUAUAAUUAUUUGUUUCUAAUGUUGAAAAAGUGUGCAGUGGGGACGGGGACUUCAGUCUCUUGGGUAAUGUAAAAUGCAUCCCUUUUGAUGAUGUAUAUUAGCCCAAGUUCUGUCUGUGAUAUCGUUAUGCAAGAUGAGGCCAAUGAUAAUGUGUUAAGAUGUAUGGUAGUGUUGCAGUAAUGAAGAUAGGGCCUUCUUCUUUGGGGUCUUAGCAGAUACUUGAUACAAUAAAUCCUUCUGUUACCUA